GGCGACCCCAGCACCCCAGCGGGGUGGUCGCCUCCCUUCCGUGUCCGCGGCUUUGUUUUUUAUGGUUGGGAAUAGGUAAGGGACACAAGUCAAGGGGGAUGCUAGAUUCGUCCCCUCUGGUCUCCGUAGAGGGAGCUAUAAAAGGUUCGUCCACAAGCAGAAACCCCUCUGUGGCGCCUCAACGUUAAGGACCCCCACGAUUCCCUUUGCCCGGCGGGAGACUAAAAGCCGGAAAAGUACAGCCCGCCCAGGGGUGGGAGCCGAGCUAGCCCCACCUCCCGGUGGCUUCUCGCGAUCGUGGAGACGCAGCAAGCCUAUGUAACUUCCGGUCGCGACCCAUCAGCUCCUCGGCGAUUGGUCCGUUUCCACGGCCGGCUGGGUGACGUUAUCGCCGGGUCCUGGGGCUGCACGUGUGGUGAGGCCUACAGAAGCGGCCUUCAGCUGGAUCUUGGUCUCCCCGCCGGACUUCGAGGGUGUCAUCGUCGCCCCUGUUGGGGGUGAGCGCCGCGCGGCUGCAGCAUGCCUCACAGGAAGAAAAAGCCCUUUAUAGAGAAGAAGAAAGCUGUGUCUUUUCACUUGGUCCACCGGAGCCAACGAGAUCCUUUAGCAGCAGAUGAGACUGCACCCCAGAGGGUUCUGUUGCCCACACAAAAAAUAGACAAUGAAGAAAGGCGAGCAGAACAGAGGAAGUAUGGAGUGUUCUUUGAUGACGACUAUGACUACCUGCAGCACCUGAAGGAACCAUCUGGGCCUUCAGAGCUUAUUCCCUCAAGUACCUUCAGUGCACACAACAGGAGAGAGGAGAAAGAAGAAACGCUAGUAAUUCCAAGCACUGGAAUUAAGUUGCCUUCAUCAGUGUUUGCUUCAGAGUUUGAGGAAGAUGUUGGAUUGUUAAAUAAAGCAGCUCCAGUUUCAGGACCUCGACUGGAUUUUGAUCCUGACAUUGUUGCAGCUCUUGAUGAUGAUUUUGACUUUGAUGAUCCAGAUAAUCUGCUUGAGGAUGACUUUAUUCUUCAGGCCAAUAAGGCAACAGGAGAGGAAGAGGGAAUGGAUAUACAGUAUGUGUGGUUUGUUUCAAAGCAGAGAUGAUGACCUAAGUGUUACUGCUUCAGUGGGAUGGUAACCAUAGAACGUUACAGUUGGAAGAGACCUUCAAGAGCAUUUAAUCUGAGACUUCUGUAUUUUAGAGCAGAAAAUGAAAUCUGAGAAUGAAGAUGACAGCGAGUGGGAAGAUGUGGAUGAUGAGAAGGGAGAUAGCAAUGAUGACUAUGACUCUGCAGGCCUAUUGUCAGAUGAAGAUCGUAUGUCUGUGCCCGGAAAAACUCACGGAGCUAUAGCAGAUCACUUGUUCUGGAGUGAGGAAACAAAGAGUCGCUUCACGGAGUAUUCGAUGACUUCCUCAGUCAUGAGGAGAAAUGAACAGCUGACCCUACAUGAUGAGAGGUUUGAGAAGUUUUAUGAGCAAUAUGAUGAUGAUGAAAUUGGAGCUCUGGAUAAUGCAGAAUUGGAAGGUUCUAUUCAAGUGGACAGCAAUCGCUUACAGGAAGUUUUGAAUGACUACUAUAAAGAGAAGGCAGAGAAUUGUGUAAAAUUGAAUACCCUUGAACCCUUGGAGGAUCAAGACCUGCCAAUGAAUGAGCUUGAUGAGUCUGAGGAGGAAGAAAUGAUUACUGUAGUCCUUGAAGAAGCCAAAGAGAAGUGGGAUUGUGAAUCUAUUUGUAGUACAUACUCAAAUUUAUAUAACCAUCCACAGCUUAUCAAGUAUCAACCAAAGCCCAAACAAAUUCGAAUAUCUUCUAAAACAGGAAUACCUCUCAAUGUCUUACCAAAGAAAGGACUCACAGCAAAGCAAACUGAAAGAAUACAGAUGAUUAAUGGCAGUGAUCUUCCUAAAGUGUCAACUCAGCCACGUUCUAAAAAUGAAAGCAAAGAAGAUAAAAGAGCAAGAAAGCAAGCUAUAAAAGAAGAGCGCAAGGAACGAAGAGUGGAGAAGAAAGCUAACAAAUUAGCAUUUAAACUGGAGAAAAGAAGGCAAGAAAAAGAGCUGCUGAACUUGAAGAAGAAUGUUGAGGGUCUAAAGCUAUAGACAGUGGAGCAUACAGGGCAAGGCACUUUAUUAGGGGCUCCUCAUCUUUGGUUAUUGACUAGAAACUUCAGAAAGACAAAACUGUUUGCCAUUUUUACUGGCAGAUAAGAGGAAAAUACAAUAUUUGUAUUAUUUUUAUACUAGUAAGUGUCCCCUGCCAACCAUCUUGUAAAUAUUGUAAUACUUUAAUUUUUAAUAUUAUAAGCUUACAUUUGCUCUGAAAUAAAUGACUUCAUGAAUGUGAAAUGUUUGGAUAAAUUAAAGGAAAAUAUCUUCAUAA